CCAGGACCUCAAUCAACACCUAAGUCUCUCACUGACACAAUUUCGGCUCAACUCAAAUCUACAACCAAUACCCUCUCUACUGGACUGAAGUCUCUCUUCAAGGAUACCACCCAAUCAACUUCGAAUUCGACGCCUAUUGAUUCUUCUAGAGCAGCCCAACUUAGACGGAGCUUUUCAACUAAGUCUGCCGUCGGUUUUGGACAGGAAAUUGAUCUGGCUUAUCCCACCUCUCAUGAUACCGGCCUGGUGAGAUGA